UUACUAGAUCAUUGGCUAAUGAGCAUUUUAGGAAACUUGCCAUGGGCUAAUCGAUCUCAUUUUAUCUAUUGGUAUUGAUCACAGCUUUCCAUGCGUACCUAUAUGUACGUAUGUGGAGCGAUGCUCUUCUGUAAACGGUUGCAGAGGUGGUGCUAGACUGUAUUUGCAUAAAGAGCGUGUACGUGUUUUCCGUAUUGCUUUUGAUGAAACUCAACUCCUUGAUAAAGCAGCAUGGCGUGGAAAGUCUGUUUCCUUAUCAUUGUUGUAUUAUGUCUCUUCAUAGAUGGCCAUGCUGAGGGAGGCCCAAAAAUACAGACCAAGAACGAGGGACGAGGCAUGGAUGGGGAAAAGAAUGUGACGUCGCCCAAGGGCGAGGGCACGAAGGGCACGGAGCCGCCGCCCGAGGGCACGGGCACGAAGGGCACGGAGCCGCCGCCCGAGGGCACGGGCACGAAGGGCACGGAGCCGCCGCCCGAGGGCACGAAGGGCACGGAGCCGCCGCCCGAGGGCACGGGCACGAAGGGCACGGAGCCGCCGCCCGAGGGCACGGAGCUGCCGCCCGAGGGCACGGGCACGGAGCCGCCGCCCGAGGGCACGGAGCCGCCGCCCGAGGGCACGGGCACGGAGGGCACGGAGCCGCCGCCCGAGGGCACGGGCACGGAGGGCACGGAGCCGCCGCCCGAGGGCACGGGCACGGAGCCAGACAAGGGGGUGCUGCCCAAGGGCCAGGGCCAAGGCACGAAGGAGACUGAGACUGGGAAGGCAAAGGAAAUGCUGCUGGCACCAACUGUGACAAGCAGUCGCUUUGUAAUUUAUCUGCUAAGUGGCUCUUUGUUUGUAGCAGUAAUGUACGUUCUCUACCACAGCAAAAGCAAGAUCAGUGGAUUGUGCCAGAAAAAUGGGCCCAGAAGAACUAAACGUCCAAACGUAUCUGAAUAUCAGCAGCUUGAUCAGAAUUUAAGUGAUAUAAUCACCAGUCUGCAAAAGAAAAACAUUGACUAAAAAAGAAAAUUUGUUAUAAAACCUCAGGUUUACAACAUUGCUUCAAAAUGCUUUGAAGUCCCUGCCUUAAAUCUGAAAUGUGAUGAAUAAAGAAGGCAAAGCAGUUUUUUAAAUGUCUCAUUCCAAAUUUGAGAUUUCAGCUCUCCUUGCUGGAGAAUUAUUAUUUGGGAGAAAUUCACAUUUAAUAGUCCACAGCUAAUAUCAGAAGUGCCUCAUCCUGUGCUUUAAAACUUGAUCUAUUUCAUUUCCGUAUUACUUUGCACAAUUUGUCUCAAAUCUGUUGUGAAACUUUAAAAUGUAAUUUGUUUGCAGAGCUGAUGUGUUUUGUACAUGCAUUUAUAAAACUGAUUCUUCAAGAUGCAGUGCAUUUUUUUUUUAAAUGAUUGAAGUAAACUUGAUGUUUCGAAGUCUUGCACGAGUUUUGUGAUCUAAUCUAAUUGUACACUGGAUCCAAAGCCACAGAAUAAUUUACCACUUACAUCUACAAAUGAAAACUUAAUACUUAUGAUUUUAGCUGCCUAAAUGUUUCAGGAAUCACGUCCAUUAUUUCUACUCAAAUUUUUUACUUUUGAUGGAAUACGGUUUUGAUAAUUUGUCAGUCACUGGCAGUGAAAAUGUGACAAACCUAUUUUUGUGUAUAUUCAAUGAAAUCAUUGUACCGUUUUGAUUUUGCCAUGAUCUGAGCAUAUUUGCCAUGCCUUGUAGCUGUAGCAAAAGGAAUAUGUUGGAAUGAGUGUGAGACUUGGUUAAAUCAGCUGGUUCUAAUCAUUUUCUAAAAAUGUCAGUCAGGGUUAGGCAAUGCCAAAUAGGGCACAGUAACAAUCAAUCAAAGGUCAACAGAAACUUAGCAAAAUGCCAUGACAGAGUGAUGAUGCUGUGAGCUCACCACAAGAUGUAGGUGAAGAAGUAGGCCUUUCAGCCCCUCCAGUCUGCUCAACUGUUCAAUGAGAUCAUUGUUGAUCUGGUGAUCCUCAACUCCAAAUUUUUAUGCCUUUUUUAUUCCCCCUAUAAUGCUAGUUUCCCUGACUAAUUAAAAUCUAUGCAUCUGGCCUUCAGCUAUUGAGGUCUUGAGGCAAAACUUUGCUGUCUCCAAACCUGAUUCUUUUUGACCAGUCCAUUGUUUUCCACCUUCAACGAACUCCAGCCAAUUGAGAGAGCAGCAUGUUCUUUCCUAUCCUGAACAUAAGGCUUCUAUUCUUUCGAUGUACAUCAGUUCUCAGUUUGCACUUAAAUGAUAAAAUGAUCAUUCUUGUAUGAAGUCCUUUACUACCUCACCCUCCCUGAUAACCUUUAAUGGACAGUUUCUUUUGUAUGUGCUCCACCAUUGAUAGCUGGUUCUUCAGUCACCCAGUGCCCAGUGGACUUCUUAAAUUUUGAACCCACCUCCUAAUAUUCCAAUGAAUCAGAGUCAACUUAUGACUAAUUGGAGCAUUUAGAAACUAUAUUGCCUGUUUCUGAAGAAGUCACAUUGGGACUUAAAACCUUAACUCUGUUUCUCUCUCCACAGAUGCCACCAGACCUUCUGAGGUAACAAAGUGUGGAGCUGGAUGAACAUAGCAGGCCUAGCAGCAUCUUAGGAGAACAAAAGCGGGCCUAGGCCUGCAACGUCAGCUUUUGUGCUCCUAAGAUGCUGCUGGGCCUGCUGUGUUCAUCCAGCUCCAGACUUUAUCUCAGAUUCUCCAGCAUCUGCAGUUCCCAUUAUCUGACCAGACCUUCUGAAGUUUAUUUAAUUCACACAUUAUGCACAUGACACCCUCUGUGAUUGCCUGCUGUAAAUAUACUGUUCUCCCCUUUUAUAUGAUGUGAUUAAAGGAGCAGUCCUUUUGAAAGCUUUGUGAUUUCAAAUAAACCUGCUGGACUACAA